AUGGAGACCGGAAGUCUGCAAUUUGCCCGCGAUAGGAGACUAAAGGCCAUUCAUGGAAAAAGCGCUAAGAAUGUGCUCCAAUUCAUGAGCAGCGCUAUCAAGACUAUUCCCGCACUUGCUGAAGAUAUCGCUGCCCUCGAAUUGUCUGAGAUUCAGAGAGAGACCGACAAACUUUCUGCAGCUACCCAGAGCAAGGCCAUCGAAGACAAUAUGAAGAGUGAAGUCAAGGAUGAGGAUCCCCUAGAUUCAGCUAGCAAGGAAGAGUUAAAGGAUGAGAUCAAGGAGAAGGUAGGAGAAGGUCAAGAUUAA